GAAAUCCACUCCAUUGUCGAUGAUCUUUCUGUACGACUUGGAGGUGUUGGCGAAGAAUGGCUUACGAAUAGCGAAUCAUCUCCGAAGUACUUCGAAUUUACCCCGAUUGAAAUGCAUGCUAUCACUGAGAGACUUCGGCUUCCAGAGCCAACAGCUCCAGGUGAGUGGGGAAAUGAGGGGCUUCGACUUCCGGAGCCGACAGCUCCAGACCCUCGAAUGGUAGCCGAUCUCGGUAACACGAUUGAUUUUCUCCAUCGAGUCCGUGCUUUGAAAAUACGCGGAUCGAAAGGUUAUGUUGGUACUUCGAAUAUUGUUUGGAAUUCACUGUCGUAUAGUCUUCAUUUCUGCAAAAACCUUUUGGCUUUAUGGAUUUCGGACUCUGACGUAUCCAGAGUAUGCGGCUUAGGAUCUGUGAGACAAACGUUGCGCCGGCUCGUCAUCCAUUAUUCUAUGAAUAAUCUCAAGGUUAGUGAGCUAGAUCCGAUUUAG